AUGGACUUGCCUUGGACCUUGCUCCUUGUGCUCCUCUCUCACGGGCAGCUCUUGCCAUGGCUCAGGACUGUGGGAGAGCCAAGCUUAGAUGAUUUCUACAGCGAGGCUCAGGCGAAGUUGUUCCUGCAGUUUUAUGAGCAAACAGCCCGGGUCGUGCUGAACGAGUUUAUGGAAGCCACCUGGAACUACGUCACCAACAUCACCAGGAGAAAUCAAAAGAACAUGCUGCAGAAGGAGGCAGACAGGUCCCAGUUCAUGCUGUACUUCAGCACCAGGGCUCGCAUGUUUAGGAUAGACCAUUUCCUGGACCAGGAUGUGAAGCGCAUGCUGAGGAAGCUGCAGAACAUAGACAAGUCGGCCUUGCCCACGGAGGAUCUCCUAGAGUACAACAGACUUCUGACCUACAUGGAGACAGCAUAUAACCGAGCUGAGGUGUGCCUGGAUGAGGGUCCCUGCUUGCCCCUGGAGCCUGACCUCCAAGAAAUCAUGGCCACCUCCAGGGACCAGAAGGAGCUGCUGUGGGCCUGGCAGGGCUGGCGGGAUGCCAUUGGUCGGCAACUCCGCCCUGUCUUCGAGGACUACGUACAUCUCAGCAACAAGGCUGCCCAAUAUAACGGAUACGAAGACAUGGGGGCUUUAUGGCGAUCCAAGUAUGAGUCUGAUACGCUGGAGGAAGACCUGGAGCAGCUCUAUCAGGAGCUGCAGCCUCUCUACCUGAACCUCCAUGCCUAUGUGCGCCGCUCCCUGUACCGCUACUACGGGCCUGAGCUCAUUGACCUGAGGGGGCCCAUCCCUGCCCACCUCCUGGGGAACAUGUGGGCUCAGUCCUGGAACAAUAUCCUAGACCUGGUCCUGCCUUAUCCGACUAAAGCCCCGGAGGACAUCACAGAGAUCAUGAAGAUCCAGCAUUGGAGGCCUGAGAAAAUGUUUAAAGAGGCUAACUUAUUCUUUACCUCUAUGGGCUUGCUACCCGCCCCGCCUGCUUUCUGGAUAAAGUCUAUGAUGGAGAAGCCAGCUGAUGGGCGGGAAGUGGAGUGCCACACCUCAUCCUGGAACUUCUACAAGUUCAAUGACUUCAGGGUAAAGAAGUGCACCGAGGUGACCUUAGAAGACCUGCUCUCCGUCUUCCACCAGAUGGGCCAUAUCCAGUACUUCUUGCAGUACCAGAACCUCUCUGUAAUCUACCAAGAAGGUGCCAGCCCAGCCUUUGAAGAGGCUGUGGGGUCGGUGAUCGCCCUCUCAGUCUCUUCCCACAAGUACCUGCUCGCCAGAGGUCUGCUCAGCCAACCUCACCAGGAUUCAGAGGAGGAGGUCAACUUCCUGUUAGGCAUUGCCCUAGAGAAGAUUGCCUUCAUCCCCUUCAGCUACCUGAUAGACAAGUUUCGUUGGAAGGUCUUUGAUGGCACUAUUUCGAAGAUUGCCUACAACCAGGAGUGGUGGAACUUCAGGUUAAAGUACCAAGGCCUGUGCCCACCUGUCCCUCGGUCAGACGAUGAUUUUGACCCGGGUGCCAAGUUCCACAUCCCUGCUAAUGUGCCCUAUAUCCGAUACUUUCUCGGUCUAGUACUGCAGUUUCAACUUCAUGAAGCACUAUGCGCGGCCUCCGGCCACGUGGGCCCUCUGCACCGGUGUGAUAACUAUAACUCCAAGGUUGCAGGGAAGAUCCUGGGGGAUCUCCUGAAGUUGGGCUCCAGCCGGCCCUGGCAGGAGGUCCUCCAGGUGGUGACUGGAGAGUCCAAUAUAUCCGCCAAGGCCCUCAUGACCUACUUCAAGCCACUGAUGAACUGGCUGGUGACUGAAAACGUGAAGCAAGGGGACACCCUUGGCUGGCCAGACUUCAGCUGUUCUUUUGAAGAAAAAAUCACAAGCAAAGUAUCGUUUCUGGGCACGGAGACAGAGCCUGAGCAGGCAUACCUGGGGCAGUGGGUGUUGCUGAGCAUGGGUUUUGUCAUGUUGGUCCUCAUCCUGGCGCUGGGCUUCAGGCUGCACUACUUGGAAAAACAGUCACUGAACAAAGACACUGUGCCCUACUCUUACUUCCUGGGCAUAGCCAUGGAACCCCAUCAGGCAGCCCGGAAACAGUGGCUUCUGCUGGGCCUCUGCUUCAUCCUUAUGCUGUGUUGUAUUGGCCUGCUCAUUCGGAUAGUCACGCAGAACACCAUGCAAAACACCGAGAAGCCUCCAUGGAUGAAAAAUGAAGGGCAGAGCUGA